UCUCCUCGAGCAUAACGCAGCAGAAGAGAGAAGCCGCACACAGUUACUCAGAGGAAUUCCUAAACAGCUGUCCGGUAGACCUCCUGCCUGUGAAGAACAGACAUCCAGAGCAAAGAGACGGAAAGACAGAGUGAGAGACAGUGAGGAAGAUAAAACCGCUGUAGACUACACUACACAGAUGUCAUUUGGGGCAUUAAAAUUUCACAAGACAAGCUACUACUUCUGCAAGAAGAACUAAGACGUUCAUCUUAAGAAAAUAAAUACACAGGUCAAAGACAUUCCAUCUGGCCAAGUAAGACCAAAGCAGCCCAACAGUGAGGCCUGAGGACACUGUCACUGUAUAUCUACAAUUAUCAAGUGUCUGAGAAUGUAACUCCUUUCAUUUUCUGGGGAGAACUCAGAUCAGCAUCAGUUCUGCAUCAUAGGAUUACAGGGUUCAAAGACAUCUCCCUUUCUUCUUUCUCUUCUCUCACGGAUUUUACUGUUCUGAAAUGCCGGCCAAAACUCCCAUUUACCUAAAAUCCAACAACAGCAAGAAAGGAAAGAAAUGUCGCCUUAGAGAUAUUCUGUCCCCAGACAUGAUAAGUCCUCCACUGGGAGACUUCCGCCAUACUGUCCACAUUGGUAAAGGGGGAUUGUGUGACACCUUUGGCGACAUGACCUUCCUUCAGGGCAAAUUUGAGCUGCUUCCUGGGAAGAGUGGCCUGAUUCGUCCACAAUAUGGUGCCCAUGGCGAGUUUAUGCGAGCUAACAGCGCAUCUGAUGCAUCCUACAUUGAAACUCCUUCACCAAUCCUGAAGAAUGCUAUCUCCCUUCCUACUAUUGGGGGGAGCCAGGCACUGACCCUGCCUCAUAUCACUUCCACAAUGUUACCCAUGACCCGAGACUCUCUGGACGACCCACCCACUCCACCUGCCAGCUCAGAGGGGAUAGAUGACCUUGAGAUCCUGCAAAUGGAGAACCUUCUUCAGUCCAUAACUAUCUUCAGACAUGAUCCCAGUCCUGUUUUGGAGGAGGUUACUGAGAAAUCCUUAUUUCCUAUCGACUUUAUGGAGAAAUCACUGGAAAAGAAUACCCCCAUUCCCCAAUACACCUCUGAGAAUAAUGAUACUGAAAAGUCAUUAAUGUCUAUCUUCAUCAAUGGCAAUCACAAUGAAAAUGGCAACAGCAAUAGGAGUAGCAAAUGCAAAGACAAUGGAAUCAACAAUGGCUAUAAUGACAAGAACAGUGAUAUCUUUCAGUAUGAAAAAGAGCUGGCCAGCAUGAAUGGAGAUUGGGAAAAUAGAGAUAGUGGCGUAGAGGAAGGACGCAUUUUUGACUUUGACUUUGAGCUUUCUAAAAGCAAGAGUUUGUCUCAGGAGUCUGUGAACCACAAAACUGGGUCUCUGCUGUCUCUUGAACUGGACUUGGGCCCUUCUAUCUUGGACGACAUACUCAAUAUCAUGGGUAAGCCUGAGUCUUGAACUGUGCCUCUAUGCAGAGGCAGGAAGAGAAAAGAAAGACUUGCCAGUCAAAUUAUUUUUUGGUAUUCUACAUAGGAGCAAAGGAACUAAAAAGGCAAGGAUGCCUUAGCGAUAUUUCUCUCAGUAUAUUUUUAUCCUCAACUUCAACUUUCUGUGCUUAACCAAUGUUGUUUCUCUUGUAGGCCAUAAGAGAUGCAUGCUUUAUCAAAUUUAGGGAAGCUACAGAGAGAUAUCAUGCCUUUUUAAUGUCACCAUCAUUUUAAGAACUAAAACUGUUUGGUGUGUUCAUCAGUUCCAUCACAGGUGUAAAUAAAGACAGGACAUUUUACUGUAUGCUGUAGUUCACUAAUGCACAAUGUUACAUGUUAUGUAAUAAUGUAAUGAAAUUUCUCUAAGAGAUUUACUGUACAGCUAUGUGAAUUAUCUCCAAACUUUAUCACAACCCCUCUGCCCUCACCCCCACCCUGUACAGAUAUUAUAUUUAUACUGACUCUGUCAUUAACUGUGCUACAAAAGCAUCAAAUCAUAUACCUAUGUUUUUACUGUGUGGAGAUACAAUAUAAAAUAAAUGAGUAAAUAAGUAA